AUUAUUAAAGCAGUUUUUUUUUGCCCCAGACUUUUAGAACCACCACAUUAAAAUGUUUCCAAGAGUAAAAGUGAGUAAUACUAGCUAAUGUGACGCUCUUAACUCUCUGGUUCAAAAUGCUGUAAACCUAAUAUCAGAUAUUAAGAGAUACUUUUUAAUAAUUAAGAUUCUGAAAUCAGGAACUGUCACUUUAACAAAACUUUUCAGAUUAUACAAAAUAUACUUGAUUCACAGAGUGCAUACACAGUGUAAGUUGGUCAACAAAGACAUGCAAUAAGAUUAUUGAUCAGUGACAAAAAACAAAAACAAACCAAAUGUGUUAUAGUGCCACACCACAAGAAUGUUAACUGUUUUCAAUGUCCAGACGAAGUAUAGUCACUUGCGAAUCUUUAGAAGUAAUCACACUUUAAAAAAAAGGAAUUUAAACAGACCAUGUUAUUGAUGUUACUAAAUGCAAAGGAGUAUACUUGCACCAGAAGGCCCAUAACAAAUUGCAUAUUUAUGUGUUGAUAAAAUAUAUUUCUAUGUAGUGAGAGCAAAAAAGAACAACCUUCUCCUAUAGCAGUUGCUUUACACAUGUUUUCACAAAUUACCCUGACCACAUGGCUUUGAGACGAACUCUGGUUUGCUAGUAAUGAGGUAACUUGCUUUGAUGGCAGCAUCACUGAUAUCUCAGUCUUAGAAAUUUGUCAAAAAAAUUAUACUGUUUACUUCAGAAUGUUUGCUUGGUGGUUUGGCGGCCUGGAUUGUUCCAUCUUGUGGGCUGGUUUUGGCCCAUGUACCUUAUGUUUGACACCUCUGCCAGAGGUGAUGGAUUAAAAAAACCUUCUCCUUGUCAAAUAGAGGCUUUCACAUUGACUAUUGAAACACCUGGAUUAAUCAAUUUGUCCAUUAUUGCAAGAUAAAAUAAAGCCGCUGUGUUGAGUUCAGGAAGUAGUGAAGCUGUGCAUAGAGUUCAUAAAACAGACCCCCACCUGGAAUAUUUUUCAGCAGUGGCCGUUUGUAGCGUAAGCUUCCGUGCUUUUAUUUUGAAAGUGUGCCUUUUAUUUUGAAUCGGGUUCCGCGUAUAACUUCCGUUCCGUCAUCGAUCCGUGUCUCCGGCUCCAUUGAGCAUCCUGGCCCGAUCCAACACGAAGCAGUCGCUCUGCGCUCCCCCUCCUCCGCUGUCAGGCACCUUCUCGCGACCGUGGACGCUUCCUUUCUGUCUUUUUAUCCUUUGACGGCUUCCCGUGAACCGGUAACGGCCUCGCGUGCUCCGCUCGGCGCCGCCGCUGGUUUGAAUGAGACGGGAGACUGAGGGGCGCCAGGCGGGCGGGCGGGCGGUGCGUCGGCCCCGGCGAGGGCGACGUGUUGGAGCGCCGCAGCCUUUGCGUCAGCGCGGCUAACCGCUAAAACCGUGGCAGGACGGACAGGUUGCCGCUGCCCACGGCCACGUUCUUACCUCUGCGGGUCGGCCGUGGAGACCGGCCGCGGGGGGCGGAGGUUGUUGGGGGGGAUCACGGGUUAUUUUUGGCUGCUGGCGCGCGCACAUGCUCGGUCUCAGUCGCGCGAGCUAGUCCGAACAUCUGUGCCAAGGCUGUCAGUGUGUAAAACAGACGCAUCAGCAGCCCUGACCCCGACACCCGCUGGGAGGAAAACCCCCUAAACUCAACCAUCUGGAGUGAAAGUUUCAGCCGCGCGCCAUAUGAGGCCGAGCUGAGAAGAUGGAUCUGAAUUUUUACUCCGACUUGACGGACGGUACCGGCCAGCACGACGGUGACCCGGAGUUCCUGGACCCGCAGUCCUUCAAUGGAUUUGACUCUGACAACAAGUUUCCCGGAGGCAGCGACAACUACCUGACCAUCUCAGGGUCCAGCCAUCCUUUCCUCUCCUCUUCAGAGACGUUCCACACUCCCAGCUUGGGCGAUGAGGAGUUCGAGAUCCCCCCCAUCUCCCUGGACCCGGACUCGGCCCUCACCGUGUCGGACGUGGUGUCGCACUUCGGGGAGCUGACGGACGCCGGCCCGUCGGACAGCGUGGUGGUGCCCGGCAACGCCGUGGUGGAAGGGGACGACCCCUCCUUCGCCUCCACCUUCGUCAGCUCCUCCUCGCAGGGGCUGGAGCACCUCAGUCUGGGAGUCAUGAACCAAACGUCGGGCAGCGCCCUGCUGGCGUCGUCGCUGGCGAUGGACCUCGGCCAUCACAUGAGCUCUCAGUUCAGCAGCUCGUCCCCGGUGACCAUCGACGUCCCGCUGGGCGACAUGGGCCAGGGCCUGCUGGGCUCCAACCAGCUGACCACCAUCGACCAGUCGGAGCUCAGCGCUCAGCUGGGGCUGGGCCUGGGCGGCGGGAACAUCCUGCAGCGCGGCCAGUCGCCCGAAAACCCCUUAUCGGCCACGGCGUCGCCCACCAGCUCGCUGCAGGACGACGACAUGGACGACUUCAGGCGGAGCGUCCUGGUGGAGUCGCCCGUCUCCCUGGCCGUCUCGCCGGGCGUCAUCUCCCUCGACCCCUCGCUGUCCGAGUCCCCGCUCUCCACCCCAACCUCCAGCGCCUCGUCGGCCGUCGGGGGAGGAGGGGGAGGCGGAGGGGGAGGAGGAGGAGGAGGAGGGGGGAAGCCGGGGAAACAGGGGAAACAGGGCAAGCAGGGGAAGCCGGGGAAGCAGAAGAAAGACCCCAACGAGCCCCAGAAGCCCGUGUCGGCCUACGCCCUGUUCUUCAGGGACACGCAGGCGGCCAUUAAAGGACAGAACCCCAACGCCACGUUCGGAGAGGUUUCCAAGAUCGUGGCCUCCAUGUGGGACAGUCUGGGGGAGGAACAGAAACAGGUUUACAAGAGGAAAAAUGAAGCUGCUAAGAAGGAUUACUUGAAAGCGCUGGCGGAAUACAAGUCCAGCAAAUUUUCCCAGUCUCCUAUUGAAGUCAUGGACUCUACCCCGUCGCCGCCGCCGCCCCCGCCCCCGCCCCCAGCGCCGGCCCCGGUGGUCACGGCCCCGCCGGUCGCCACCCCAGCACCGCGCUCCACCCGGUCGCAGCACUACAACCCCGAGGAGAACACCAUCACCAACAUCUGCACCUCCAACAUCAUCCUGGACCUGCCGCAGGUCACCACGCGCUCGCGCACCGGCGCCAUCAAGCCGCCGCAGCCGCCGGCGGGAUCCGCGCCCAACCCCCCGCUCGUCGCCAAAAUCAUCAUCAAGCAGACGCCGGUGCCCUCCUCGUCGCGCCAGCCGCCGCCGCUGCAGCAGAUGCAGAGCACGCCGCCCCCGCCGCGGCUGCAGCAGAUGGUGCACGCCCAGGCCCCGCCCCCUCUGCAGGCCAAGCCGCGCGGCGCCGCCACCGCCCCGCCGCCGCUGCAGAUCAAGGUGGUCCCCUCGGCGCGCCAGUCCAACUCCGGCAGCACGCCGCUCAUCAUGACGUCCGCCGGCGAGACGCCCGCCGCCUCGCCGGCCCUGGCGGUGGAGGUGGGACGGGCGUUGUCGGCGGGGGAGGUGGUGGCCGACGCGGAGGAAGGGGUGAGCUCCGGACGCCGGCACGAGUCCCGCGGUCCUCCCGGGCGACGCCGCUUCUCUAACCGCCGUACCGUCUGUCCGGCUCCUCAGAUGGAGGUGGAGGUGAACGUCGCCCCCGGGCCGAGCGUCACGCCGUCCGCCGGGCCCAACAUCUGCGUGCGAGCCGGCUGCACCAACCCGGCCGUGGACAGCAAGGACUGGGACAAGGAGUACUGUAGCAACGAGUGUGUCGCCACACACUGCAGGGAUGUGUUCAUGGCGUGGUGCGCCAUCCGAGGGCAGAACUCCACCACGGUCACAUAGGAGGAGCGGACGCCGCGCAGCCACUACAGGACAAAAAAAAGACUACAUGUGAAAUGCAAACGGACAGGAACGAAUGAGUGAAGAACAGACUCGGGCGUUUGCUCGUGAUGGUUUGUUUUUGCCGCGCUCAUCUCGGGGAUUCAUGGGACUAAACCACCGCAGGAACGUUAUAUAAAAAAAAAAAAAGAGAAAAGAUGGUGCAUCCAGUCCCCUCCGUGUCUUUAUCUCUCUUCUCACUCCUUCCUGCACAAUAAAACACAGUUUCAAGUUUGCGGAUACUACAGUUGUACUGGAGAGACGUGUGAAUAAAGUGGACAUGUGGUAUGAAUUUAAACGAAGGACUUGUUUAAAAAGGAAAAAAAAAACAAACAUUUUAUAUGAACUUCUUGUGUUUUCUAAAUUCUUUGGAGAAGAUACAAACGUGGCUGUUUUUUUCAGUUGAUUUCGUUCUUUUAAAAAGCUUCACACGUGUAUGCUCUUCCCUUUACUGUUACCGUGAAGACUGAUCAAUGUGAACGACGACGACCGGGCCGAGCUCAAACCGUCUCAAAGCUGCUUUGGAGAAAAACACACGCAGGGGUGAAACACACUCAUCAGAAGCCAUGUGGAGAACAGCUAAUCGUUGUCAGCUUUAAAAGCCGUCUUUUUGUGGAGAGAACGCGCCCAGAUUAACAAGCAGGUGCUACGAUUCAGGAAAAAAAAAAAAAAAAAACAGGCUGUAAAAUCCUCUGUUGUCCUCUCCUGCUGAAACC